GCUGCAGCAGCCAUCGCGGGCUCCCCGCCCCCGUGCGCCCCUCCGAGGACGGAGGGGUGGGGGCAGAAGAGGCGGAGGAAGCGGCGGCGGCGCCAGGAACAGGGAGGCGGCGGCACGGCGAAGGAGGGAGGGAGCCGGAGCCGGGCCCCGCAAAAGCAACAGCAGCGCCAGCUCCUCCUUCUCCUCCUCCUCGGUGAGUCCCGCGCCGCCGCCCCGGGAGGCUGCUCGCCGCCGAGCCCGGAUGCCGGCGCAGGCCGGGCCGCGCCGCCGAGGUGUCUGGGGAGAGGCCCGCGCCGGGAGCGGGACACUGCGGCCUCCGCUGGGAAAUGGCUCUUGAAGUUAAAUGAGGCUGGAUAAAACACAUAAAUGAAGCAGAAGCUGCUCUGCAUGUGUUAGGGCUAUAUCACCACAAGCACUGCUGAUCAGCCAGACUUGGUAACUUGUCAUAAUGAAGAAAAUUAGUCUCAAAACAAUUCGCAAGUCCUUUAACUUAAAUAAAAGUAAAGAUGAAAGCGAUUUCGUAGUGGUUCAGCAGCCAUCAUUAAGUGAAUUUGGAAAAGAUGACUCCUUGUUUGGCAGCUGCUAUGGUAAAGAUUUGGCUGGCUGUGAAGUCAAUAGUGAAGAUGAAAAAGGAGGCAAAAAUAGAUCAAAAAGUGAAAGUUUAAUGGGUACGUUAAAAAGGAGGCUUUCAGCAAAACAAAAACAGAAAGGCAAAGGCAGCACACCAUCUGUAAGCUCUGCAGAUGAUGACACCUUUUCUUCCUCAUCUGCUCCAAUAACUUUCAAAGAUGUGCGAGCUCAAAGACCUCUGAGAUCCACUUCUCUCCGUAAUCACCAUUACAGUCCAACUCCAUGGCCCCUUCGACCUACGAAUUCAGAAGAGACUUGCAUCAAAAUGGAAGUGAAAGUCAAGGCCUUGGUCCAUUCCUCUAAUCCAAGCCCAGCACUGAAUGGUGUUCGAAAGGACUUCCAUGACUUGCAGUCAGACAACGUGUUCCAGGAACAAAACAGUGUGUUAAAAAAUACUGAAUCUCAGAACGGGGACUUGCAUCUUCAUAUUGAUGAACAUGUGCCUGUAGUUAUUGGAUUAAUGCCUCAGGACUACAUUCAGUAUACUGUGCCUUUAGAUGAGGGAAUGUAUCCUUUGGAAGGAUCACGUAGUUACUGUCUGGAUAGUUCCUCACCCAUGGAAGUUUCAACUGUUUCUUCUCAAGUGGGGGGAAAUGCUUUCCAUGAAGAAGAAAGCCAAGUGGAUCAGGAUGUAGUCGUUGCACCGGAUAUCUUUGUGGACCAGACGGUGAAUGGUUUGUUGAUUGGUACCACAGGAGUCAUGUUGCAAAGUCCAAGAGUUAAUCACAACGAUGUCCCUCCACUCUCACCUUUGCUACCUCCAAUGCAGAAUAAUCAAAUCCAAAGGAACUUCAAUGGAUUGAAUGGCACAGAUGCCCACGUGGCUGAAAGUAUGCGCUGCCAUUUGAAUUUUGAUCCUAACACUGCCCCGGGAGUUGGAAGAGUUUAUGAUUCUGUACAGAACAGUGGUCCUAUGGUUGUGACAAGUCUCACAGAAGAACUGAAAAAACUUGCAAAACAAGGAUGGUACUGGGGCCCCAUUACACGUUGGGAGGCAGAGGGAAAAUUAGCUAAUGUGCCUGAUGGCUCGUUUCUUGUUCGAGAUAGUUCCGAUGAUCGUUAUCUUUUAAGUUUGAGUUUUCGUUCCCAUGGAAAAACUCUUCACACUAGAAUUGAACACUCAAAUGGUAGGUUUAGCUUUUAUGAACAACCAGAUGUGGAGGGACAUACAUCUAUAGUUGACUUAAUUGAACAUUCAAUCAGGGACUCUGAAAAUGGAGCUUUCUGCUAUUCGAGAUCCCGGCUGCCUGGGUCUGCAACUUACCCAGUGAGACUGACAAAUCCAGUAUCUCGGUUUAUGCAGGUGCGUUCUUUACAAUACCUGUGUCGUUUUGUAAUACGUCAGUACACCAGAAUAGACCUGAUUCAGAAACUGCCUUUGCCAAACAAAAUGAAGGAUUAUUUACAGGAAAAGCACUACUGAAAGCUUACGGGAAUCUUGCAUCUUGCACUUUGGGAACGACAACAACAAAAAGAGAUUGAAUUACAGUUUACAGACUUUCAUUACUAUCAAAAUCUUUUGCUGCCAUAAAAAUAUUUCAUUUUUGUGUGUAAAAGAAAAGUAAUGCAUUUGGAUUUAUGUUUGUUUGGGGGGUUUAGUGUAUUGUUUUGGGGUGGGUUUUUUUUGGGGGGUUUUUUUUUUUUUUUUUUUUUUUGGAAAGAAUGAUCUUAAGUUUAUUUUUAGAAGUGUGAAAUAGCUAUCUUUCAUCAAUGUGCAGAUUAAUCACAAUGUGAAUGAUCAGAUUCUCCUUAAUUUCCCCCAAGUCCUUUGCUGCUAUCCACUGUGAUUUUUAUGCAUUGAAAGCACAUUUCAUGUGUAUUCAACGAUAAGUAAAAGUCAAAUGAAACUUGUUGAAUGGAUUUUUUUUUUUUUUUUUCUCCUCUUUUAAAAUAGCCUGUUUGAAAAAAAUGAUCGUGGAUAAAAAACGUACUGGUAUUCUAAACUACAGAAUUUACAUCUAUGUUAAAAACAAUUUCCCAGUAUCCUAAUUAUGAAUUUCUAUAAAGAUAUGCCCUACAUUAGUAGAACUUACAGUCAGAGCUGUGUGAUAAGAACAUAGUUAUGCAGCAUAUCUUUGGGAAAAAAGCCCACCUUUCUCCUCAGCCUUGUAUUGUCUGUACACUUUUUUUGUUUGAGGAGGUUACUUCAGCCACCUUCUUUUCUCAGUGUUCUGUCCUUCUAAAAAUGGCCUUUUAAAACAGUCAAUGUGUGGUACCUAUAAGGAAAGAGCAGUAUUUGGGUCUUGUCAAAUGUUACCUUUAAAAUCAUGCCAUCAGUUAAAUAAAUGAACAUCUACCAGGUCCCCAUCUUUCUGUCCUUUUCCCUCCUACCUCUUGUUGGGGGGGGCAGAGGGGAAAUUUUCUCAAUUUGUUGAAAGAUGCUAGGAAUUAUUAUUCUGGGAGUAUAAAUUGAUAAGCCAUUUUAGGGAAUGGGGGGAAACUUUUAAAGGAUGAUUUCUGCAAUAUAUAUUCAAACUACUUGAAAUGUUAUGAUUUUCUGCAUUUCUUUUGUUUUCAGAAAUGCACUAAUAUCCUUUGGAUAGUUUUCCUUUUUUUUUUUUUAAUAUCCUUUGGGGAGAAAGGAACAGGACGUAACAUUUCAGAUGAAAGAUGCUUAAAAUGCAUCUCUAAAUCUCUAUUCUCAUAGCCUUUCAGAUUAUGGGGAAGAGAGGUUUGGAUAUACCCUGACCACAGAAAAUGUCAAGGUCUAUUAUCAUAAAAUAUGUUUUGACAUAUGAAAUAUUGAAUCAAUUAAGUAAAUGUUUAUGAUAUUUGUCAAAGAUUCUGGCAUUGAAAAGCUUACAGUUAUUCUGACCUUCUGUAGGGGAAAAAAAGACUUUCAGUGGGGAUUACAGGUUCUACACUGUAAUAUUUUGUGUCAUGCAAGGUUAAUCCAUGGCAUUUUUCUGUUUUGCUUCAGGUUUCUCCCUCAUCCCCUCCCCCCCAUGAUUCUAUCACUUUUAUUUGUUAUUUGUUAAAGGGCUCAUAGCUUGGGAGGGAGGCUUGCUUUGCCUGCACCUGCCCCAUUUUUUAUUUUAGAAUGUCAUCUUCUGUAUCCCUGGUAGGAGUGUCUAGUCACUAAACAUCAGUUUAGAAGAGGCUGUUCAUCUUUUAUAGAGCUUUCUUGUUUAGGUAAUUUUCUUCUCGUUGUUUCACCUAGCCUAUUGUCCCCUGAAAUGAGUCUUUAGUAAUGAAUACAGUAUUGCUGCAAGGUGGUGCAGUAGCACUACAUCUUGGGUUGCCUGAAUUGAUAGACGAAAUUUAUAUUUUUUUAAUUUAUUUUUUGACCAUAAUGUUUAACUAAAAGCUAAAAAAAAAAAAAAAGAAAAUCAGAGGUAGAGAAAGGAUGCCUUUGCUUUUAAGGGAGGGAGAAUAAGGAUUUCUUCUUUAGUCUGAUAAAGUUUUAAACUUAAAAAGAAAAAAUCUAGAGCAGUCUAUACGUGUGAUUUGUUGACUCUGACAUUGAGAUAUAUGUAUGAAAGUGUGAAUUCUGUUUUCUUUUUUUUCCUCUGCUGAUUUGCCCUUCUCCCUGUCCCUGAAUCAGGAUCACUAACGUUAUUCAAAAAGGCACAAUAACCUAUUGUAUGGUACAGUGUUCUGAUUCUGUCUGUGAGGAGGAAAAACAAAAUAAUUUUUAUGGAUUUCAGACACAUACUUCUGGAAGAAAACCUCUGGCAUUUUCUUCACUUUAAAAAUUCUUUCCCCACACAAGCUAGAGGGCCUAUGCAUUCUACAGAAUCUUCGAAAGAUUAUAGUAUAUUAAAUAUUUCCUUUGCCAUUUAAUACCACUACUGAAUGCAUUAAACCAGUUUAUACUAUGCCACAUACAUUAAUUUAGCAGUCAUUGCAUUGAAACUUAAAUAUUUGAAGCUGUAAUACCCUUGUCUUAUUGCUGAAUUGAAAAACGUGCAAAAACACACAUGCUAAAUUUCUUGCCCAUGCCUUCAUAAAUUUCUUUUUUUUUUUUUUCACUCAUACAUGUUGAUGCCUUUUUUUAAAAGACAAACAAAACGGAAAACAAAACCAACACACUUUGGUUCAGUUUUUUAAUUGCCUUCCUUGCUGUGUUCUUCAUCUUGAACUUCAUCAGGUCAAGUUAACUUUGUCAUUCCCCACCACUAUAAGCUUCCACAAAAGGAACAGUGUAAAGUGGUUUGUACCUAGAAUGUGAGAACCAUGUAGCACAUUUCUUCUAAAUAAAAAAUGGUGGUGAUAUUUCUACUAAGCUCAAACUACUUUAAAUCAGUAGCAAGUAGGCACAAAUACUUAUUUUUACAGGUUUCUUUAAUCAGGACCUUGCAGGUUUUUUUUUUUUUCAUACUGAGGUAACUGGCCAGCCAGGAGAAAGAACCCAGAAAAAUUACUUUGAAAACAUUAAAGAUACUUACAAUUUCUUAUAAUAAACAUUAAUAUAGAAGAAACUCAGUAACAUUUAGUUAUGAGACAAUUUAGAAGUUCUCAGAGUAACCAUAAAAAUUGCAUUGACUUCUCCUUCAUGAAAAUUAGGGAAACAAAGUGUCCUUGAUAAAUAAAAGGAAAGUGAUUGAGGAUAUUUUGGGGACCUUUGGAAGUAGAUUCACUAGGAAUAAAAGCUAACUGACUAUGAUCCUUACAGAGGAGAAAAAUGGCUAUUUAUUCAGCACAACAGUUUAAUGGUUCAAAAGGUAUGCUUUUUAUGCAAUUGAAUUGUAGAAAAAUGUUUUGAAAAUGAAACUUUGGAAAUGAAACUCCUUCUUUUGAGUAUCUCAAAUGAUUGAUGUUAUUAAUAACAUUGUUUUACCGAUUAGAAGAGUAAAACAACACCUUAUAUUUGCAAAUAAAUAGAAAAAUAAAUUUGCACAAUUUCAUGUGGGGUUUUGUGUUUUUUUUUUUUUUCUUUUCUAGUCCAGUGUUACAGACAACUGAAAGUGAUUGGUAUUCUUUGAUCUAUUUGAAGGAUAUAGCACUUAUCCUGCUGUUGACAUAGUGAAUGCCGUCUUUUUAUCAAAAUGUUUUUCUGUCAAAAGGAUCAGAAAUGCAAUUAUUAAUUAAACUCUUUGUUCUCAGAUGAGCUGACUUUGCAUUUUGUUAAAGCCAAAUUCUUUCUGUGAAUAUUGACUGCUGGGCUGAGUGAAAGCUGUGCAGGUUUUGUUUUGAUGCAUUUCAUCUAUGUGAAUACUGCAAUUAUAAAUUUAAAACAGCAUACCAGCAAUAUAUGGGCUAUUAUUCUGAUGAGAAGUAUUUUUCUGUUACUGAACUUUGAAAUUGUGAGCUAAGCUAUGGCUAAAUUAAUGAUUGCCAAUUCAAUUUCUUAAAAUCUUUUUAUGACUGCAGAGAACAAAAUUUACAAGCAUUCUUUAUAAACAAAAAAUGGGCUAGAUGGUAGUUCGUAAUAUGGGAAAUAUGGCGUAUCUGGAAAGUGUUCUAAAUUCCACACAGAUAAUGAAAAAUUCUUAAAGAAUUUUGUAUGAAUACCUGUUGGGUUAAAGAAUUUUUAUAGUGAUGAUGGAAUGC